AUGGCUAAGGUCUCCACCUGUACGCCGCUGACAGUUCGCCGAGCAUUGUCCUACCAUCUAAAAAAGAAAGCUGAGGGCAUAAGCCUAUCCUAUGCCUCAUGCUGGUAUGUGUCAUGUCCCCAUCCUUAUUUGACUGUUAAUCGUGUUAUUCUUCAAUUUACCCCACCGAUCCAAGACUUUCUGACCGGUAAGAAGCUACCGACAGCACAUGUACAGCAUCUAAUGGAAACGAGAGACCCUCCUAAAGAAACCAAGCAAAUAGCUUCGCCUACAGGCGUCAAAGCCGAUGUCAAACCUGUCAACCGCACCUCCGCAAUGCCUGCUGAUUCUGAUUCUGAUUGUGAACACAGAUCGCUUUUUCCACUUAAAUGCGAAAAAAUGCCACAAGAAUCCCUUAGAUAUAUUCUGACGAUAUGGUAUUCCCCUGAAGUCAGCUCCAUGCUUGCUGGUAAGUCCCUUUUGUCCGAAGAUUUUUUAGAUUCCAUGUCUGCAGCUUUUAAUGACACCGAAAUCGAGCAUCUACUUUCAUGCCCAUUAAAAGAAAUCCUUCAUGAAGCAAGGAGAUACUUUGCCGAAAUGGGCAUAUAA